AUCCGUCUGAAGCCCUGGCUGAUUGCCCAGGUGAACAGCGGGAAGUACCUGGGGCUACAGUGGCUAGACAAAGAACAGAAACUCUUCCAGAUACCCUGGCGACAUGCCACUCGUCACAUGCCCACCCUGGAGGAGGAGAACACUAUCUUUAGGGCCUGGGCACUGGAAACUGGGAAAUACCAAGAGGGCCUGGAUGAGCCGGAUCCGGCAAAAUGGAAAGCGAACCUGCGCUGCGCCCUCAACAAGAGCCGUGAAUUCAAACUGAAGUAUGACGGCACCAAGGAGACCCCCGUUGAGCCUUACAAAAUAUACGAGGUGUGCGACCAACCGUAUAACGGAGAUGCAGGUGAAGAUGAAGAUGAUGAGCUACCGAAAAUAUGUGGACUGUCUAUUGAUCCCAUAAUAACAGACCCACCCAGUUUUUCACCUUAUGCCCCACCAAAGACAGAGGUACCAUUCAUCAACCCCUCAAUGAACAAGGGCUUCGGCCCUAGCACCCUUCCUCAAAUGCCUCUUCUGCACAACAACAUUACUCCCAACCCCAAUGGCAGUAUUGCCAUUGGAGAAACUCAACACCCAGCAAUGACUUUAUCUGCGUUCCAGAACAACGUUCCACCUAUGGGCAAUCUCAGACAUGGAGGGUUUCCGCAUACCAACAGUUCAUCGGGGCAAGGAGGAAUGAGUCACGGCACACUUCCCCAAGGGCACACUGAAAUGCCACAAGCGCCAAUUCUACCUGGCAUUGCAGAUAGCGACAUGCCUGCUGAAAUACAGCCUCAUGGAGAAGUCCAGUCGCAGCCUUGCAUUUAUGAUCUGCUUAUCAAUCCCCACAUGCUUCCAUUAACAGACUUGGACAUAAAGUUCCAGUAUCGUGGGAGGCCAGCUGGAAGCCUGACUGUAAGCAAUCCCCAGGGUUGUAGGCUUUAUUAUGGGAACCUGGAGCCCACACCUGAACAGGUGGAUUUAUUUGGACCUGUGACGCUGCAGCAGGUGCUGUUCCCUGACACAAUGGAAAUUCCUAACGAGAAGCAGCGAUAUUACACCAACCAGCUCCUGGAUGUCAUGGACCGAGGCCUCAUUCUAGAAAUCCAGGGGCAAGAUAUCUAUGCUAUCCGCCUGUGCCAGUGUAAAGUAUACUGGUCAGGGCCUGGUGUCUCUGAACAAUCUGGACCAAAUCCUAUUGAGAGAGAAAAGAAGAUCAAAGUUUUCAGUCUCAACAAUUUCCUUCAAGGGCUGAUCUUGUACCAGAAAGGUGAAAAUAAUGCACCACCUCCUUUUGAAAUCUACUUCUGUUUUGGGGAAGACUGGCCAGACAGAAAACCUAUAGAAAAAAAGCUUAUUAUUGUCCAGGUGAUUCCUGUGGUUGCUCGGAUCCUUACAGAGAUGUUUUCUGGGGAGCUCUCCUGGUCAACUGAUAGCAUUCGCCUUCAAAUCUCCAACCCAGACCUCAAGGACCAAACAGUUGAACAAUUUAAGGAGCUUCAUCGGCUUUGGCAGAACCAACAGACUCAAACACAUUGGGGACUUCAUCCGACUACUAUUAACUGAAAGCCAUCCCAGAUGAAUUGCCUGCAUGUGUUUGACAACCAUUAAUGAGAGCACAAUGCUGUGUUUAAGGAAUAGAAGCCACUGUUUAAUCAACAAAUAGACCUCAUGGCAAAUACUUUACCUUACUCAUUUCCAGUUCAUUGUACUUUUAAUUGCAUUUCAAAACCUGAUGUCCACCUUCUUGCAUUUCCAUGCCCACUCACAGUUGGAUAUAGGAUAAAGUUAUGUUUCUUUUAAUAGCAUGAAAGCUUUCUUUUUCAUGUUUCAUAAUAAAAAAAGAUUCAGUAUUUCUCACAUUUAAUCUCUGUGUAUGUAAAAUGACUGAAAAUGCAACGCAUUUAGGCAUGCAUGUUGAAAAUGUUUCAGUUAUACAAAAUCUCAAGAGGAUUUAAAGUACAGUCCCAAGAAGUCUCUUUCUCAGGGAACACAUUGGUUAUUAAAAUGACAUACAAAAAGCUCACUAUGGGAAAAUUUAAAUUGCACAUUAUCAAAGUCUCCAUGGUAAAAAUCAUGACAUAUUUUUGCAUAUGCUCCUUAUGCAAAUUUGCUUCCAGAUUUAUUAGUAUAAUCACAUAAGAUACCAAACCUUGAUCGUUGCUGCUUAAUUUUUUUAGUAUGUUAUUUUCUUAGUACCAGUUACUUUAAUUUCUUACCUUAAACUUGCUGGUACAGUGCUAUAUGAGCACUUUUCUGUUUGCAACCAUACAAAACUUGCUGCCAAGUUGCUCCACUUCAGAGAAAAAAAAAACUAAGAGAACAUGAAAGCGUCCGUGCUUUACAUUUAUACUUCUACAAACAAAAUAAAUCUAAUUGAAAGGAAAUGGUAUUUACCUCAGAAUUCGAUGCAUGUGAUGUUUAUCUGCUGCAUAAAUCACCACUGACAGACAUUAGAAAACUACAUUUUUGCACAACACUUUGUGGGGAAAUGUAAAUUUAGAAUUUAAAUUGUAUGACUCAUUUAAUAUUUAAUUUAAAGUUUAUUUAAAAUUGUAAGGUACUUCUACCACAAAACCAUUCAUAAAAGUAUCAACAUGUAGAAACCUGACAGCAUGCUGUGGUUAAAAAUUGGCGACUGUUUAUUGCUUAGCAGCACACUGAUAUGAGUAAGAGUUCAUGCUUUUUUUACAUGAAUAAAAAAUUAAUGGUC